UCUAAAAUUUCUCUUCCACAAGCAUGUUCUAGUGAAGUAGUGCUGCCUAAGUCAACCUUAAACCCUAAGGUUUUUAGCGAAGUGCUUCAGAGCAGAAUUAUCGUAGCUUAAACAACACACACAAAAAAAUCUCAUUUUUUUACUCUUUCUACAACGACAGCUGGGAAAGGGGUAAAAUAUCCAGGUUUUGCUUAACAAUGCCGUGUCAUCAAACAUAACCAAAGUAACUGUUCCAAAUUCAUGAAUCCUUUUCAUCCUCUGACUCACCAAUUUCCCAAGUUACAAGCCUUGGUUUCUUCAAUUCAAAAAUCGUUGGUGUCCCCACAAAACCCAGUUCUUGUAUUGGAGCUUCUGGGCAAAGUGUUAGACCAAUACCCAGACAUCAAAACCUUGAAAAAUGUGCAUUCCAAGGUUUUUAAUCUUAGUUUCCACGAAAAUCCAUCUCUGGGGAUCAAACUCAUGCGGGCUUAUGCUGCCCGUGGAGAACCCGGGUUGGCACGCAAUGUGUUUGAUGUAAUUCCUGAGAGGAAUGUUAUUUUCUAUAAUGUCAUGAUCAGAAGCUAUAUGAAUAACCAUUUGUACGAUGAUGCAUUGCUUGUUUUUAGGGACAUGGUUAGUGGUGGUUUUAGCCCUGAUCAUUAUACAUACCCUUGUGUCUUGAAGGCUUGUUCUUGCUCUGACAAUUUGAGGAUUGGGUUGCAGCUUCAUGGAGCUGUGUUUAAGGUUGGGCUUGAUUUGAAUUUGUUUGUUGGGAAUGGUCUCAUUGCUUUGUAUGGGAAGUCUGGUUGCUUGCCUGAGGCACGGUGUGUUCUUGAUGAAAUGCAGAGCAAGGAUGUUGUUUCAUGGAACUCAAUGGUUGCUGGGUAUGCACAGAAUAUGCAGUUUGAUGAUGCAUUGGAUAUUUGCCGAGAAAUGGAUGGUGUGAGGCAGAAGCCUGAUGCUUGUACAAUGGCUAGUCUCCUGCCAGCAGUAACUAACACUUCGUCGGAAAAUGUUUUGUAUGUUGAGGAGAUGUUCAUAAAUUUGGAGAAGAAAAGUUUGGUCUCAUGGAAUGUCAUGAUAAGUGUAUAUAUGAAAAACUCAAUGCCUGGAAAAUCUGUAGAUCUAUAUUUACAAAUGGGGAAAUGUGAAGUGGAACCAGAUGCAAUCACUUGUGCUAGUGUUCUUCGAGCGUGUGGGGAUCUUUCAGCUUUGUUGUUAGGAAGGAGGAUUCAUGAAUAUGUUGAGAGAAAGAAGCUAUGUCCAAAUAUGCUUCUGGAGAAUUCGCUGAUAGAUAUGUAUGCUAGGUGUGGAUGUCUAGAAGAUGCGAAAAGAGUGUUUGACAGAAUGAAGUUUCGUGAUGUUGCAUCAUGGACUUCAUUGAUAUCUGCCUAUGGUAUGACUGGACAAGGCUAUAAUGCUGUGGCACUCUUCACGGAAAUGCAAAAUUCAGGUCAAAGUCCAGAUUCUAUUGCCUUUGUCGCAAUUCUCUCAGCUUGUAGUCAUUCAGGAUUACUCAAUGAAGGAAAGUUUUACUUUAAGCAGAUGACAGAUGAUUACAAGAUAACACCAAUAAUUGAACACUUUGCUUGCUUGGUGGAUCUUUUAGGAAGAUCAGGACGAGUGGAUGAGGCCUAUAAUAUCAUCAAACAGAUGCCAAUGGAGCCUAAUGAAAGAGUUUGGGGGGCACUGCUUAGUUCGUGUCGGGUGUACUCCAACAUGGAUAUUGGGAUUUUAGCUGCUGACAAACUACUUCAGUUGGCUCCUGAGGAAUCAGGUUACUAUGUGUUGUUAUCUAAUAUUUAUGCAAAGGCCGGUAGAUGGACAGAAGUAACAGCUAUUCGAUCACUAAUGAAGAGAAGAAGAAUUCGGAAAAUGCCCGGCAUCAGCAAUGUUGAGCUGAAUAAUCAGGUCCACACCUUUCUUGCAGGUGAUACGUACCACCCACAGUCAAAAGAGAUAUAUGAAGAGUUAAGUGUGCUGGUGGGGAAGAUGAAAGAGUUAGGUUAUGUGCCCGAGACUGAUUCUGCCCUUCAUGAUGUGGAAGAGGAGGAUAAAGAAUGCCAUCUAGCUGUUCAUAGCGAGAAGUUAGCUAUUGUCUUUGCUAUUUUGAAUACCCAAGAAUCUCCAAUCAGAAUUACCAAAAACCUCCGUGUUUGUGGAGAUUGUCAUAUUGCUGCCAAGCUUAUCUCCAAGAUAGUUCAACGUGAAAUUGUCAUCAGGGACACCAAUCGAUUCCAUCAUUUUAAGGAUGGUAUAUGCUCUUGUGGUGAUUAUUGGUGAAGCUACUUCAGGCUGAAGCAAACUCUAAUUUUGACAACUUCAAUGGUUCUACAAUUAUGGUGGAUGAUUCUUUUAUUUCUUAAUUUUUUUGGUCCAUUGAAGGAACAAGAACUUGAGAAGAAGGAAGGAAUAAAUGUUUUUGUGGAAGAGGGAUUCUCUAACAUCAUCACACUCCAAUGUUACAGAUUGAAAGUGGUGUUAGUUGAGCUUCACCAUUGAUGACAAAAAUAUCAUUUUUGAUGCCUGUCAAUGAGUAGUAUUGGCAUCUUGCCUUCUUUUGGCUUUUGUGCUGUACUGCUGUGUCUUGCAGGAUAAAGCAGGAUCGUUGUUGUUGUUAUACAUUAUACUGUCACGAAGUUAUUUGAAGGUUGCAAUAUCUGCAUUAGCUAUGGCUUUAGGGACCGUUCUCUUCUAAAGUAGGCGACAAAGGAAUUAUCUCCAAUUGGCACCAGUAACUUCAAUUUAAGAGGAACUCAAGGCUUUGGAUUUUGGACAAUUACAUGAGAAAAAUGAAGAAUUAAAGUAGGGACUAGGAAGAGAUCACUGUGGUCUUCAGCAUGUUAUGUAUGAAGAUGAGAAGAGCCCAUCCGAUAACAAAACUAAGUUGUCUUUGCUCAUUUAUUUCACCUGAAAAUGGAAGGCGUAUUUGUUUAA